AUGCCCUGGCAGCCUCUUCCUCGCAUCGCCUUCGCCGUCGCGACGUAUCCCUUCGCGGCCUCGGGCCCGGCCGACCUUCCACUAGAACUCGGCGAUGAGCUGUACAUCAUUGAAGAAACCCCGGACGGCAACUGGCUGCGUGGCUAUUUGGUAGCCCCGCCCAGUCUGCUGGCCGGACUGACAUCCGUCAAGGGCCAGACACUCGAAGCCCGCGUUUUCAGCGGCAUCUUUCCUCGGAGUUGCGUAGAGGUCCGCGAGGUCUUGGGCGAAUCCGACGACACGGAGGAGCUGGAGGAUGCCACAAGUGACGAUGCUGCUGCCGCUGGCGAUGUCCAACUCGGGAGCGACUCAGGAAAGAGCGGAUUGACGCCGACUGCCACCGACAACCCCAAAUUAAAAGAAGGCCACAAAUCUCUAGGAAGCUCACGAGGAUCCAAGGGCUCCAGAAUCGAGAUCAAGGGCCGCAAGCCACUCAGGGAACUCCCCAAUGGCACUCAGGGCCGACUGUCCAUCCCCGUCAAGCGCGACCCCGAUGCACCGCGACCUGCCGCACCCGUACCGAUGCUCAAGAUUGGCGACGAAACCCCAACAUCGGCAGCCGAACCGUUGAUUGACGAAAUCGCCAGCUGUCUUCGCGAGUGGCACUCAACCAAUCUACACGGCCUACUCCUGUCUCGCCAGUACCCUCGUCUGGAGAAGCUAUCACAGUUGAUCCAGACACUUAACCUCAGCAGACAGCAAUUCCUCCACAACGUUCUCACACGGCACGAAUAUGACAAGUUACGGGAAAAGACAGUUUGGGACCUGGUGCGUGUUAAUAAGCUCUGCGGAGGGGAGGUCAUUGUCCGAGAUCCUGCAGACCGUGGACGAGUAUUGACGGGCGACGACUCGGUAGUAGACAUUACCAAAUUACAGUCCGUCAUGAGCGUCCUGGAUGCACCACCGGUGCCGACCGUAGAACCGACGGCCUUGCACCACCUGCUCGUUGACGUCAAGGGAUUUGCCGGCGCGUCUGCGGAGGAGACAUCACUAGUAGUCUACCUCGUAGCAAAGCCUUUGGGAGGCCAGGCAGCCACUCUUACCGAAUGCUUCAUCAUCGACAUACCACCUGGCGGAACGAUAGGAAGCCUUGCAAAAUCGGGUCAAACUCGAACAAUAUUCGCCGACCUUUCUGCGCAAGAUAUUGGCGACGUUGCAUCGGCGGAAACCGAUUUGUACCUCGUCGUCAAGGUGCGUUCGAGCCAGCAAGUUAUUCCCAGCGGAAAGCCGGAUUCUCGUUCUGGCGCCAAGUCACAAGGUGGAGGAUAUCCCAAAGAUCCCGCACAGCCACCCUCCUCGAGUGGCAACAAAGCUUCUAGGAGAAGUCUUAUGUGGGGAUCCAAGAGCGGUCGCUCAGCAUUUUCAAGAGGGAAUGCCACACCGAAGCUUGAAUCGUUAACAGAGCAGCCCGAGGGUCGCCCGCCGACACAGGACGAGAGUCAAGACAGCGCCGCACCUCCCAGCACUGCUGGCUCCAGACCGCGCGGUUCGUUUGAUGGCGGGUCAGGUUUCCACAUGGCGGAAAGGACGGUGGGCAUUGGUGUUCUCAAACUCAACGCGGUCAUGAAGCAGGACGAAGACGUUGAGCAGGUUGUGAGCAUUUGGUCACCAUCACCAACACUCCCGACAGAGAAGCAGGGCUUCCACGAGGAGUGGGACACCCUCAUUCGAGACCUGAUGGACAGCAAGAGUGGGCAUUACGAAAAGUCGCGCCGAACCGAACGAGUGCAGGUGCAUCUCAAGUCUUUCAAUCACCCCGAUGUGGAUGCGCUGGUCAAGAUAACACCAACAAUGCUGGCUGGCAUUCGCAAAACAAACAAGAUGGGUUUCUCUGGCGCGCCCACAAAAGCUAGAUCGGACAUUUACAUUACUCUUGAUACUGCUGCGCUUUCUAAGCAAAAUCUCUUGUCCAGAUAUGCAGGAAACCCAACCACACUCUCCGGUAGUGUACACGGAAAUAACCUACAGGUUACACUGGAGGUACGAAGAACAGGCGGGGAGAAGAUCCCGAACUGCAUCUAUUCUGCGUCCAACACUGAAGGAAUUACCACGUGGAAGUCUGUAGUCGUUGAGAAGGGGGAGCACUGGAGCCAGACUGUCCGACUUGCUGUUCCACCAGAAGAUGUGUUCACUUCGCACAUAGUCAUGUUUCUAUCCGACAUGCCGCAUGCUCCGUUCGCGGUUGCCCACAUGCCACUGUGGAACCAAGAGGCCUUUGUUCGAGACGGAGCUCAUGCCCUACUGUUAUACAAAACGGAUGAGUUUACCUCGGCGGCACAAGCUGGCCCGACCGGCAAGGGGGGCUAUCUGUCUCUGCAGUGGAGUGCCAGAGGAAACGAUGAACACUCGUCCGAGGUCACCGGCCCUCUGGCUAUUCUUCGUGUCGACACCUAUCUGUGCAGCACACGAUUCUCUCAGGAUCGUAUCGUGCUGGGGUUGCUCAAGUGGAAAGAGGCUCCCAAGGAGGAUAUCCCCAUGUUGCUGAAGCAUCUCAUCUUCGUUCCCGAAAUCGAGGUCGUCAAGCUCCUUAGCGACGUUCUUGAUGCCCUCUUUGGGGUCUUAGUGGAACAUUCGGGCAAUGACAAAUACGAAGACCUUGUGUUCACUGCACUGGUUAGAGUCCUGGGUAUUGUCCACGACAGGCGUUUCAACCUUGGUCCGCUCGUCGACCACUAUGCGGAGAACCGCUUCAACUAUCCGUUUGCUACAGCUUGUCUCGUGAGAUCCUUCACUCGUCUUUUGGAGAAGCCUACUGAGGCCCAAACGUCAAGAAAGCUGCGCUCCACCUUCAAGGUAGUGCGACACAUUCUCAAGUUCAUCACCCAUGCUCGAGGACAGCAAAAGGCGAAGGAAGCCGGGAUAGGUAUCACGACUUCGCACUCCGCCCCUGGUUUCACUCGAGAAUUGAGGAACAUAUUCAAGGCUCUGGACUCUAUGAUGCGCAGCAACGCUCCUGUCCUUGUCGGCAGUCAGACUUUGGCCGUCCAACACUUCCACACCUGGUUACCGGAGCUGACAGGACUCCUGACAACCGAGGAAAUUUUGCACAUUGCUAUCGACUUCCUCGACUCAUGCUCGCUUGUUAAGGGCAAGCUGGUCCUGUACAAGCUUGUGCUAAUCAUCAACUACUCCAAGCUGGAGAUUUUUUCGCAUCCCGAACAAAAGUCAGCCCUUACGGCCAACACCGUCCGAUGGAUUGCACCUCACUGGGGUCAUACUGAAGACGUAACGGAUUCCUGGAAGGAACAAGUUCGUCUUUGCUGCUCAAUCCUCGCUGGUCAGAUCGACAAUCUAGGCCCUGAGAUUCCUGACUAUCUCCCAAAGAUUCUUGAUUCCUACCUGUCCAUCGUGGCCACUCCGAGCAAGCCUUGCAGCCGUUUGUCACUUCUUUUCCCAACUUCAUACCCCUUUCCCUCCAAGCCCAUUGCGGAGGAAUCUACUUUUGACGAAGCGUUGGUUGAGCUUUCUGCAAUUUUGUCGGCAAUUUCCAAUUCCCCUAGCGGCAUGCAGCUGGAGUUAACAGAAGGCGACCUAACGGCCCUGCUCGAAAAUACUCUUCGCGUACACAUGAGCAUCUUGAUGGGUGAAGCAUUCCCGCACGAAUGGUUGAGUGUCUACAUCUAUCACCACAAAUCCACGAUGCGAACCUUGCAGUACUUGUCCAGCAUACUGCUCGAGUCUUUCCUCCCACACCCCGAUGAAGCCGAAAACUUCAACACGGAACUUUGGAAGAUGUUUUUCACGACAAUGCUCAAGCUUGUCGGCAGCCCAUCACUAGCUCUGGAAACCUUCCCUGAGCAAAAGCGCAGGGCGGUCUGGAAGAUUGCUGGCGACGUGAGGGAGCAUGGCGCUGAGCUGCUAAGGCGAACUUGGGAGGCCAUUGGCUGGGAAACGAGUAGUGACGAGCGUGCACGAUAUGGUUUGUCCAAGAUGGGGGGCUAUCAGGUUCAAUACGUCCCCACCCUGGUCGGUCCUAUUGUCGAGCUUUGUCUUAGUGUUCACGAAGGUUUGCGACGCAUGGCCGUGGAGGUAUUGCAGACGAUGAUUGUCAGCGAGUGGACCCUGAGCGAGGACCUAUCCGUCAUCCAGACUGAGAUGAUCGAUUGUCUCGACCACUACUUCAAGUCCAAGCCCCUAACCGAGAGCAUCUUGCAGAAGCUUUUUGUUAACGAGGUCCUGGAGCGAUUUGCGCCGCUAUCAACCGCUCCCGAUGAGCCUCUGUAUGCUGGCAUUCGCGACCUGAUGGAGACUGUCGACGAGUUCCUCGACCUUCUUGUUGCGGUGCAUAGCAGCGAUAACACGAGCGAAGCAACCCAUCUCAUCAACCGAUUACGCUUGAUGGAAUUCCUCCGCGACAUGCAGAAGGAGGAAAUCUUCAUCAGAUACGUCCAUCAGCUGGCUCUUCUUCAGGGCGAGGCGAGAAACCAUUGUGAGGCUGGUUUGGCGCUUCGUCUUCACGCGGACCUCUACGACUGGGAUCCUACGAAGCAAGUCGCCGCCUUGGAUGACCCAGAAUUCCCUAUACAGACUUCGUUCGAGCGCAAGGAGCGGAUCUACUUCGACAUGAUCAAGCAUUUUGAGGAGGGCGAGGCCUGGACUAGCGCAUUGGCUGCAUACCAAGAACUGCGGAUUCAGUACGAGAGCAACAUCUUCGAUUUCGCCAAACUGGCCAGGACUGAGCGAGCCAUCGCCACGAUCUACGAAACGAUUUCAAAAAGCGACAAGCUGGUACCCAAGUACUUCAAGGUUGUGUAUAAAGGACUCGGCUUCCCCUCUAGCCUCCGUGACAAGGAGUUUGUGUAUGAAGGUUCCCCAACAGAGCGCGCCUCCGCCUUCACAGACCGCAUGCAAGAACAGUACCCAUCCGCUCAGAUCGUCACUGGUGGCGAUGUCGACGAUGUCGAAGGACAGUUCCUGGUCGUUUCCGCCAUCACACCACACCGCGAUCUGUCGCAUCAAGUCUUCCAGCGAGCUCGCGUCGCACAAGUUAUCCGCGAUUAUCUCGUAUCCGCACAUCCUCAGAGCUUCUCAGUGUCAUCCAAGCGCAGCACAUCUGGCCCUGUUCAGGAACAUUUCGCGGAGAAGAUGGUGUUCACCACUGCCGACCCGUUCCCGACCAUUCUUCGACGCAGCGAAAUCGUGCACACUGAAGAGAUCAAGCUUAGUGCCCGCCAGACCGGCUUGGAGCGGAUUGUGAGGAAGACCCAAGAAAUGACGGUCAUCGAAAAGCGAAUAACAGAAGGCGACGAAGAAAACGCUCAGCUGCUCGUGGACGCAGUGAGUGUGUCGGUCAACCCAGAUUCCGAAAACAGUGUGGCCUGCUACCGCCAAUUACUGCCGUCCCGUGCGGAACCUGAGGAGCACGAGGAUGAUGAAGAUGAUGACGAAGAAGAAGAAGAAGAAGAAGAAGAAGAAGAAGAAGAAGAAGAAGAAGAAGAAGAAGAAGAAGAAGACGAGGGUGCCAUUGAGCUUGAUCCCCAAGACAACGCGAUCAAAAUGGCCCUAGUGGAUCAUGCAAUCAUGAUCAAGCGGUGCCUCGCAACUUUCUCCAGAAGUUCGAAUGAAAACCUCAACGAAAGGCACGAGGAACUUCAACGAUACUUCGAAAGCACCUUUGCACCUGAGAUUGCCCUCUUCGCUCCUCAGCAGCCAUCCCGCGAGUCCGCAAAUGCUUCGCCGACUUGGAGACGGUCGUCGCCAUCUACAGAACAAGCGUCCCCUCAACCGCAGAGCAUUGCCGGCAACAUGACGAACGGAGUGGCUGCCGAGGAAGUAUCGACCGUUCAGCCAGUUGCCAUCCGCCCAGGGCGUGGCGCGCGUCUAAGCUUCUUGGGCGGCCGUAAGAAGGAAUCCCCGGUGUUGCAACAGACCAACAGCGACCCUCAAACGACCUCGGAAACAGAGGACACUGUAAGCCACCGCAGCCGAAGCUUGAGCAAGACACAAGACAACGCAAACAACACAAGCAACACAAAUCGUCGUAGCAGCUUCUUCCGAGCUCCGUCGAGCGACAUACCGCGGAUUCUGGGUAGUAACGAUGCCGCCAGCGAAUGGGUGACGGACUCUGGCGGACGACGCAGUUCCGAUGCGGGAACAAACUUGGCAGAGAAGGAGCGGGAAUAUAAAGACGAACGGCCUGCAGAUGGCCUUGGCAUCGUCAAACGUGGAAGCGUCAGAAAGAGGCUUAGCAUGCUGAAACUUGGCAAGAAGUCUACUAAGGGUAACGGUACCAUGAUCAGCGUGCACGAGGAGUAG